CCAAACGCACACAACGACGAAGGCAAACAGGAGAAUUAGAGCCAGAGCAAGAUCAGAUCAGAACGAGGGAGCAGAAAUUCUCAACAGUUUGUGAACUUGGUGGCCGGAUUCACCUCACCUCUUGAUCGUUGAUGCCGGGAAAGGCCAAGGCCGAAUCCGAGCUCUGUUCCCUGUCUCCACCUUCAAAGAUCUGAGCUCGACGCAGAGUGCUGCACGAGGACCCUUGCUUUGGCCUCAGUGAGUUCUGUCAGUCAGAAGCAUUGUGGAUGUCGAUCUGGCCUGCGAGUAAAUCGAGCGAAUGGAGCAGAGCAGGUCGGCCUCGCACUGUCUCCUGAAUCAGCAGGUCCGUGCACGACGAGCUCAUGCUUUAUAAAAAACAGGAUACUCGGAGGAGCGAUGCUUUUGUUGCGGGGCGGAGGUUGGUCAGCAUCUGCUUCGUUUCUAUUUCGAACUUGUCCCCAAAUCCAUGUUGAGACGGAGGGAGCUGGUGGCCAACACAACACGGGCAUGUGUGGAAUUGGCCAGUGACUGCUGAACCGUGAUGAUCAUGGAUGCAGCGACGGCAGUGGUAGCAAUUCAGACUGAUCGGGCUCAAACAUUCAGACCUGAGGACGGAAAAUGAGAAACCUGAACCAGAUACUGAGACUGAGGCAGAGCAUGGCGCUUUCAUUCAAUAGUCCUGCCAAUUCACGGACCUUUCACAAUUUCGCAGCGUCUCUGUCUUCUGUGAUUUCGUCUCGAGUCCUGUCAAAUGUAGGACGCGAACACGCUUGCCAAUUGUCCUCGCGCACCUCGUCUGAUGAGGAUGAUGAAUCUUCUCAUGGUCUUCUCGCUUCAAGGCAAUCCGGCGAAGGGCCUAGCUUCGCCAGCAAUUCUGAUUUUUUCCCAGCCGGGAGUCGGGUGAGUGGCGCUAGGGAGCCCCAGCUGCCUAUCGGAGUUCCAGCGAAUUUGUGCUCGGGCCUUGCCUUGAGAUUCAGGCAAUAUAUGAGCUCUUCUUGCCAGCGAUCGUCGCCCGAGGUGGGUCCUUGGGCUAGCAGGGGUAGACAGCGAGAGAGCGAGCUGGUCGGCGGUCCAAUUUGGCACACUUUCCGUCGUGGUCACAUGGGGCAUGCUCAUCAUACUCCAGGCGAACGUGAUAAUACAGGAAAGGCUGGCGAGCGUGUUCUUCGAUGGGGUUUGUGGGGAGACAUAUUUCUGGCGAUCGGCAAAGGAGGGGCUGGUUUUGUAUCCGGGAGCACUGCAAUUAUCGCCGAUGCUGCCCACUCUGUUUCAGAUAUUGCUUUGAGUGGUGUGGCUCUGUGGAGCUCCAAAGUCGCAAGUGCUCCGAAAGACAAAGAGCAUCCAUACGGCCAUGGAAAAUUUGAAACAGUAGGAGCUUUGGGAAUUUCUGGAAUGCUCUUGCUCACUGGUGGUGGGAUAGCCUGGCACGCUGUCGAGACACUCCAGGAUUUUAUUCCUUUAAUGUCAGAACUAGUACAAGCAGCAACUGACAGUCAUCAUGGGCAUGCUGAAGGAGGACAUCAACAUGGUAUUGAUUUGGAGCACCCUUUUGUAGCUCUAAGUGCAGCUGUGGUCUCCAUUGUGGUCAAAGAAGCACUGUACUGGCAAACUAAAAAAGUAGGAGAGCAACAGAAGAGUGAGCUACUCAAAGCGAGUGCAUGGCACCACCGUAGUGAUGCCAUAUCAUCUGUAGUUGCUCUCGUCGGUGUUGGAGGAGCAAUGUUGGGGAUGCCGUUGUUGGACCCCGUUGCAGGCCUGCUUGUGUCAGGCAUGAUAGUGAAGGCAGGAAUGGAAACUGGAUAUCAAAGUCUGCAGGAGUUGGUUGAUUCAGGGGUAUCAGAGUCGGUGCUAUCACCCAUUCGGAAUACUGUCCUUCAUGUUCAGGGUGUAGAGGGUUGCCAUCACUUAAGAGGACGAAGAAUGGGAUCUUUUAUUCAUGUGGAUGCGCAUAUUGAGGUGGAUCCUUGGUUGAGCGUAAGUGCAGCAUAUAAUAUUGGUGAAGCGGUGCGUCAUCAAUUACAGAAAGAGCAUCCUGAAGUUGCCGAAACCUUUGUACAUAUAGAACCAGCUGAUGGAGGAUCUAAAACGGUAACUCCUGAAGAGGCUGAGAUUGAGGCUCACCUACAUGACCAUCUUACCAGUCAUGAUAAUCAUCCACAUGGAGAUGACCAGCACUUGACGAAAAGGGAUCUGACUAAGAAUGGCUCUAAGUCAGACCUUUUGACUAAUGAUAGUUUUUUAGAUGGCCAUUGUGCUUCUUCCUUCGAGGCUGAUUCACGACAGCACUCAGAAAUUGAACAAGAUGUUCGUCGGGUUGUUAAUGCCGACUUUCGUGAGAAAAUGACGAUAGCUCACGUCACAUCUCAUUAUCUAAAAGGAAAGGUUGUCGUUGAAGUGGAGGUUUUGAUGAAUCCUGACAUAUCUGUGAGAGAUGCUAUGGCUUAUGCUAAUGAUGCCGAGGAGGUGAUUUUACGAAAAGUCUACGACAUCUCUGCUGUACAUGUACAGCUGAAACUUAGCAAAACUUUGAGCGAGAGUGCACCAUCAUGAUGAUGGUCACUUACUUCGAAGCUGGAGGAAAAUAAUGUUUUCUCUCCACAUCUUAUUUGUUCAUAUCCUUAUCCUUUCAUGAGCAGGCACUCGCUCACAAGUACAUGAGUCAGCCAACAUGACGACAAGAGCUGCGGAACCAACGUCCACAAGUACAUGAAGACGAGUGAUUCUCAUAAUUCCCAAUAUGUACGAGUCAUUAUAUCACGAGCGAGAUCGACCUGGAGUGGGAGAUCGAGUGGGAGAUCGAGUUUUAUUGUCGUAGGGGAAUUCUGCAGUAAAUGGGUUGACCCCUCUGUGUACUCUUCGGUCAAACGAGGAGAUUUAUAGCAAAUAAUGUACAGAUUUGUAUUCAACAAGGUAUAUACCAAAAAGCUUGUGUGUUUUUUAUGAAAUGGUUU